UGAUUAAAUUUUCAGAUAAAAUGUCAGAUGGAGAUGAAGAUAUCCCUAAGGAUGCAAAGAUAGUUAAAACACUUCUUAAAUCAAUGGGAAUUGAAGAUUACGAACCUAUAGUUGUUCGCCAGUUCCUUGAGUUGUGGUAUCGAUAUGUUGUUGAUGUAUUAACCGAUGCUCAGGUCUACUCAGAGCACGCUGGUAAGUCUGUGAUCGAUUGUGAUGAUGUCAAACUAGCUAUUCAAUCGAAAGUGAACUCAAGUUUCUCACAACCCCCACCACGGGAGGUUAUGCUUGAGUUGGCUAGGAAAAGGAACAGAAUCCCAUUGCCAAAGUUAGUGUCACCUGGGAUUCCAUUACCAAAUGAUCAUGAUACAUUGAUUAAUCCUAAUUAUCAACUUGGCAUCAUGGAAAAUUUUAUGGGGCAGCAAAAUUUGCGAGAAUUGAUGGAGGAGGAAGAUGAUGAUGAUGAUGAUGAAAAGAUUGAUGAUGCUGUUGAUGUUAUGGACCAUAAUCCUAACCCUAACCAAGAACAUCGAGAUACAAGUACACCUCAGAGAGUUUCCUUUUCAAUUGGAGAUAAACGCCAAAGAUAA